UUUCUUCUUGAGGACGUGGUAGAGAGCUCAAUUAAAUUACCAUAAAGCAUCAUUUCAAAAUAGAGCUGCACCUUUAGUUCUGCGUCUUUAUUCUUCUUUUUCGUCACUGACCAGAUUGGCCACCAAUACUCAGAUAGAUCCUAAUCUCGACUACAUUCAUCCACUCGGUAUAUUUGAUCGAUAUGGCCGCAACUAUUGAGGAGCCUCUCUUCAGGUUAUCUGAGGAUAUCACCGAAGAGGAUGUCCCAAUCCUGGCAACCAUUGGCCAUGAAGCAUUCCUGGAGGACACGCACACGAACCUAAAGAAAUAUCUCCUCCCGGAACAGACUGGAGUCGACGACUCUGGCGUCCGCCGAUCGCUUGAAGCUCCCAAAACCUGCCAUUUAAUCAAGGCCGUUUCUAACACUACCAACGAGAUCAUGGGCUUCAUCUGCUGGGUGCAUCGCGGUUACGUACCGCGGCCGCCAAGACCAGAGGCUACUGCAGGUCGCUUCAGCGAGGCAACGGUCGACGAUAAGCAUAAGACCAAAGUACAGAUCAUGGAGGACAUGGAGGACCAGCACUUUGUGGACUUCAUGACGGAGAUUAUGCCAGAGGGGACCAAAUGCUGGUACGUCGGGGGCCUCAACGUUGCACCCAAGUUCCACCGCAUGGGCGUCGCCAGAGCGCUGCUGCGUUGGGGGACGUCGCGGGCGGAGAGAGACGGCGUGUUUGCCUGGGUGCACUCUUCCGACUCGGCCUGGCAGGCUUACGCUGCGUGUGGCUUUCAGAUUGUGAGGGUGCUGAGGACAGACUUGGAUGCCUAUGCAGAAGGAGAUGCCGUUGAUAAGGGUCCCGGCGAGGGUGGCAAGUGGGGAAUUUAUACUGUGCGCUAUAUGGUCUAUAACCUGGAUAAGAUCGGGACGGCUGGUUGGAAGGUGAUCACAGACGUGGAUUCAACGCCUCUAUCUUAGCUGGCGGUAUAAUUCUUGCUGAUACCU